CACGAUGCCGAUCUUCAGUCGGCACAAGUACGUAGAGAUGUUUACAUCGUCGUAGUUCUCAGCUCCCUUUCUCUUUCUCAACCGUCGGAACAGUUUCGAUCUCACGCAGGCCCGUGUACGUUCAAGUAGGUUUGGCAUUGAAAUCGAAAAAAAAAAAAAAUUAUCAUGGCACCAAGACCUCAACCCUACGACCUCCAGAAUAGCCCGCGACUACGUAGGAUGCAACACUUGGAGCAAACGAUGAAACCGUGGUUCUCAUUGCAAGCAAAGAAACCGACGAAGAACGAUCACCAGAAGAGGAGGAUAAUGAGUCAGGACGAUUUCACCUACUUGAACGCGGCCUGCGCGCGCGGCGACACCGUAACGGCGCUGGAACUGUUGCGCGAGGGCGCCGACGUCGAUCAGGCCGGCUGCACGAGGUCGCCCCUGCACUACGCCGCGCACCUGGGCCAAGCGGCGGUCGUCCGGAUACUGCUGGAGCACGGGGCGGAUCCGAAUCGGCCGGAUCACGAGGACGGAUCGACGGCGCUUCACGCGCUCGCCAACGCCGACGAUUACGGCCGGGAAGAGGAGAGGGCAACGGCGCUGAGAACGAUCGUCGAGCUGCUCGUUGCGGCCGGGGCGAGCGUCGAGGCGCGAAACUUCGCGGGCCAGAGCCCCCUGGGACUUGCGGUGUCUCGCUUCGAGUUCGGCCUGGCGAGACUGCUGCUGGAGCGAGCCGGCGCCGCGAGUCUGGACGGGCUGCAGAGCGAGAAUUUGGCGUUGGACGCCGACGACGAGCGACCCAGAACCUUCUGCGUAGCCAAGAUGAUGGACCUGUUGGUGGCGCACGGAUUCUACAUGGAUUUCGAGAACAGACUGAGGUUUUUAAAAUGCUGGUUGAGAGCUCGAGCGAGGGAUAACGAGUUUUCGGAGCCGAAAGUCUGCGAAAUUCUGGGCCACGGUAGGACCGAUUUCAUUCUAAAUGAUCUCGACACUCGCCUGGCCAUCCGCAAAAAGUUCGAUUUUUACAUGGGCCAAGGGACCGAGGAUCGUUUGCUGGAGAAACGCGAACGACUGCUCGAUACGUACGUGCCGGGAAACAAAACGCGCGGCAAGCUGCGCACGUACUAUCGUUGGCGGUUCAACGAGGUCGAGGCGGAGGCCGACGCGGCCAAACUCAAGGCCAUCAUGCUGACCGAGAGCCUCUCGCUGUAUCGAGCCUGUCAGCUGAGUCCCGCCGCGGCCGCCUCGAUUCUGAGGAGCAGCAGCAGGAGGAAUAAUUGGCUGAGGCGCGUCUUUCCGGGGCCGCACCUGGAACAUCUGGGCCUGUUCGUGCAGAGACACGUGGCGGAAAUCUUCGCGAGGAUACAGUUCGAAUUUUUCGCCGCCGAUCUGUUCAUGACCGAGGGGUGUAGAUUGAAUCUGCCGCACGCCGUUUGCUCGCUCGUGGCGGAGAGAAUGAGCGACGAGGAGCUGUAUCGGCUGUGCGAGCAGACGAGCGAAACGAAUUGGGUGGAUUGAUCGUCCGUCGAUUGGGCGAGAUUUGGCAUAAUUUCAAUGCUGAUUUUAUCAUUAUUACGAAAGAGAGCACUUGUAAAUUUUACAUCGAAAGGAUGUAAAAUUAUUCUUAAAAGCUUAAA